GGAGAAGCUUCAGAAGGUUCAUUAUAAUGCAAGUUUAAGAGUAUAUAAAGGCUAUCCUGAAUACUGUAUUAUCACUACUGACAACUCCAUCUCAUCCGUCUUCAUAAGUCUCUUAUUCCAUAACAACAACUUUGUCACUUUCACAAGAAUUAUACUUGCUUCUUUGCCCGCAAUGAAGGUCACUCUAUUCGCUGUCACUCUCCUUGCUUCGCUGGCAUCCGCCCGAGAAUUUGUUCUCUUUGAUGAUGCCAACUACAAUGGAGCUUCUCAUAGGGAGAUACGUAAUACCGAUGGCGCCUGCUGGAAUCUCAACGGCAAAGGCGAUCGAGCAAGUUCUGUUGGAGGCGACGGAGGAUGUACUACCUUCUUCCGAGAGCGUGACUGCAGGGGGUCCAGCUGGCAGCAGCGCGGUUCUGCACCCACUGUUCCAGGCUUCCUUAAUGAUCACAUCUGGUCAUUUCGUAACCAGUGCUAAUUGGUCGUCACCUCAAGUCUAGAAACAGAUCUGGGCUACUUGCCCUCUGUGAUCUUUCUACGAGGAUCAACAAGCAUCUGGCACACGAAUACGAAGAUAUCUCUGUUCAUAAGAAUGGAAGAGGGAAGGAAAUGCAUGUUCUGAGUCAUUUCAUGUCUCCAACUUCGCACAGAUCCGCUGCGAUUAGUGUUACCAACAAAGCCCGUUAUCAGCUGCCUGUAACGCAAGAACCACAGCUUGUACUACGUCCAUCGGACUUUGAAAUAGCACUCAUCGUAUGUCAAUAAGAACUUUGAACCGGGA